UUGUGCAGGCACUCACAGAGCACGGGUGAGCACGCUGAGCUGCUGGACUCCCACGGCUCCAGCCCCAGCACCGGACAAGAGAAUCGGCUGCGGGACCCCCCCCGGCACCUUCCCCACCCCAGCCGGCAGCCAGCACCGUCCCAGAGCGUGGGACACGGCUCCCCGUUUGCGCUCUCUGCUCGCCUGACCCGCGCCAAGGACGAAGCCCCAGCACAGGCAGCAAGCAUGGUGCGGGCAGCCCCGGCCCCAGCAGCCAUCACCCUCUGCCUCCGUUUCUCCGCAGACCUCGUGAAAGCAGCAGCGGCUGCCCUGAUCAUCGGAGCCAUCCUGUCUGUUACUGGGCAACAUGCUGACCUCUCAGCCUCGGUCCUGCAAGGUUUCCAGUGCAUCCCAGCCAGCGACCUGCCUGCAGCCGACAUCCUCGCGUUUGCCCGGGGAUUGCAAAACAAAACAGCGGAGCUGAGCGGUGCCCAGCUGUCCUGCCUGGCCAGGCUGCUCGCUGCCAAGAACCUGACGGCCGAUUUCGGCAGGUACCCGCCAGACCUACUGCUCUUCUUUGUCCCGGCCGAGGUGCGCGGUGGGACCUGCGGAGAUUUUUACGCCCGGGUUUCCCGUGGGAACCUGGACCUGCUGCCCAGGGGCUCAGCCCGGCGGACGGGGCUGCUGCGCGGGGCGCUGGCCUGCCUGGGGGUGAGGAGCAGCCGCCUGCGCCCCGAGCAGCUCGGCAGCCUCGGGGCACUGGUGUGCGACAUGGAGCCAGAGACCAUCACGGCCUCGGAUCCCGGAGUCCUGGAGAACCUGAAGCUCUGCUCAGCGCUGACGGGGGCCCAGCGGGAUGCCCUCAAUGCUGUGCUCCUCGGGGGGGGCACAGUGUACGGGGAUCCUUCGAGCUGGGAUUUACAGACUCUGCAAAAUUUGGGGCCGCUCGUCCUGGCUUUGAACCAGACCACGCUGAGCUUGGUGGCCGAGGCAGCGCGGGAGGCUUUCGGCAGAAGCAUCGUGGCUGCGUACGGCAGCCAGGGACGUUCCCAGCGGGAGAAGUCCCUGACCCUCCUCAGGGCCUUCGCAGCAGCAUCAGCUUCAUCUCAUCCCAGGCUGAAGCGGAGCGCAGACCGCUGCCUGUCCGAGCCCAUCACCGCCAGCACCGUCUCCGACCCCUUCUUACUCAUCCGCUACGACACCGCUGAGCAGUUCGACCUGUGCCUGAGCAAUGAGGUUUUAAAAGCAAACCUGGAGCCUCUGCUGGAACAGCCGCUCUCCGUGGAGUACCUCCGGGUCAUGAAAAAAAAGCUGGAGCAGAUUUACCCUUCGGAGAUCCCGGAGGAGCAGCUGAAGCUGUUGGGGCUGCUGUCCCGCCAGUACACGGCGGAGGAGAUCAGCCGGUGGCCGGUGACAUCCAGCAACACGCUCUCGGCCCUGCUCAACCCCUCGGAUGGCAAGUGGGACACUCCCCAGGUCCAGCAGCUGCUCAGCAGGUACCUGGCCCUGGGGGGCACCUUGACCGGGCCCUUGCUUCAGAAAAUCGGUGGGAGAAACCUGUGCAAUCUGCGGGAAGAGCAGAUCAAUCAAAUACCUCCAGCGGCAAUCAGGACUGCUGGACAAUUAAACAUUUCUUCUUGCUCUCAAACCAAGAAGGACCAACUCUAUAGAAAAGCCCAGGAGGCCUUUGCUGGCCAGGCUGGCACCACCAGGGCAUAUUAUUGCCAGAUUUGGCCGUACCUGGGGGGAGCUCCAGCGAAGGACCUGAAAGACUUGGCUGAAGCUGGCGUUGCCAUAGACAUGGACAUAGACACCUUUCUUUCCCUAAAUCCCGAUGAACUGCAGAAACUCAGUGUCGUGGAUGUGAAAAAUCUGCUUGGAGAAAACCUCCCUUACCUGAAGGAAGCUGAAAAUGAGACCUCGGUGAUGCGCUGGGUGAAGAAACAGCCCCAGCGGGAACUGGACUGUACCCUGGGAAUCGGCCUGCAAGGGGGCACGGAGGAGCCUGGCCCCACGGGGACGGCCACCCCUCCUCACCCCACCGCCUCGGCCACUAUCCCCCCCACGGUCACCGUCCCCGCGCCCACCACCCUCCCCACUGUCCCCCCCCCUAUUGCCAUUAGCAGCCACCCUACCGCUAAUUCAAGUACCAGCCCCCCCAAGGCCCCCACCCCAAGCACUAUCAGCCUGACCCCCCCUAACAGCACUCCCCCACGUGCUCACACCGCUGCCCCCAGUGCUGCCGUGAGUCCCACUGCCACCUCCACCGCCCGACCUGCUCCGACCACCGGCUCCAUCGUCCCGUGCUCCAUCCACCAGUCCCCCACCUCAAAUAAGGCCACCCCCCCCACCGUCACCCUCCUCACCACCAUCCUUGCUGCUGUCAACCCCAACGCCACCUCUCCCAGCUCCGUCCCACCCCCUGCUCUCACACGCGGGGCCACCAGCACCACCACCAGCGUUGUUAGUAACCCGGCUAUUAACACCAGCACCCCACUGGUGUCCGUGAACCCCCCAGCACCUGGGGCUACUGCCCACCCUGCUCCAGAAACGAACCUCCCUCCCAAGCCCACCCCAAUUCCCAACUCCACCAUCUCCACCCAAAAGAGCGUCAUCUCCCCAACAGCCAAGUCGACAACGUUGGCUUGCAAGACCAGUGCCCCCCCGGCAUUUCCCGGCCCCUCUUCCACCACCACCAGCAGCGAGACCACUAAAGAAACACCCACGGGCGUGCCAGAGCCACCGAGACCAACACCAGGCGGAUACAUCAACCUGCAACCCGAAGCUGGAUCGGGAUCCAGACUCUCCUCCUGCCUAGUGCACAUACUGACUACGGCCGUGGGAAGCUCACUGCUGCGAGCGCUUCUCUGACACUGCCACCUCCAGCACCACACUCACCGGAUCCCUCCUGUAGUUUUCACCAUCCUGCAAAAUAACAGUGCUGGCAAAUUCCCUGCUGAAAAGCAGAAACCCAGGGAAAGAACAGAGAUUGUCCAUUUGACACCAGCAUAGAAUUUGCUUAUUAUUUUUGAGGCUGGGCAGUGAAAGGAGGACAGGUAUUUUUCCAGCCCAAAGCAGCCCAACAGGUACUUACUAGCUAGUUGCUCUAUGUAAUACAAUUACCAGCAGUAUCGACUGGUCUGACAAUGCAUUAAUGCUGACAGCGGGCCCAGUUCUGCCAGCUUUACUCACAGAGUGGUAUUUUACCUCUAAGCAGUCCCACCAGGGUCUGUUGAAACGGUGGGACAACUCAAGGAUCUGAGUUACUGGCCGUUGCAAAAGAAGCAGAAUAUGGCCCAGCAACGCAGUCUGAAAGCUCAGAGAUCCACUACAUCGUAUUUAACUUGUUUCACAAACUUAGAUUUUUGAUCAAGAUCUGUUCAAACCACACAAAGCCUAGUUAGGGGGAUGACUGACGAUAGUUUAUCUUGAUUACUGUUGCAAUGCUAUAU